AUGACGGCGUACGGUGUCUUUCUGACGGCCGCGCUGGCAGUCUACCACUUCAUCGCGAACGGCGAGUUCUCUGCGAUCCUGACGUUGGCAGUCAUCUUCCAGUGCCUGGGCUUCGCCUUGCUCUGCGUGCAGGUUCUGCUCACCGGCACCUGCACUGGCAUCUCGGCCCGGGCUUUGGCGCUGGACGCUUGGGCUUUGUGCUUUCGCCUGUCCUCCACUUUGUGGCUGAACGGCUACCUGCCGGUGGAUGCCUCUGGCGACUGGGCCUACCAGGCGGUGGACAUUGUGUCCCUCGUCUUGGUGCUCUGGCUGCUGCAUUCGCUGCUCUUUGAGAAGAAGCACACGUAUCAGGAAGAGCAGGACACGUUUCCGGCAACCCCUGUGGUAUUGGCUUGCCUUGCACUGGCAGUUGCCUUUCAUGCCGACAUGAACUCGCGACCAAUCUUUGAUACGCUAUGGAUGGCAGGUCUGUUCAUCAGCGCCGUUGCGGUUUUGCCUCAGCUGUGGCUGAUCUCCAAGACUGGCGGGAAAGUUGAGCCCUUGACCAGCCACUACAUUGCGGCCAUGGCCAUCAGCCGUGCCUUGAGCGGUGUCUUCAUGUGGCAUGCGCGCUUCGACAUCACUUGUGCCCCAUGGGUGGGCGGAUUCAACCAUGCCAUCUGGGUCAUCUUGGGAGCACAUGCUCUCCACAUGCUGCUUUUGGGAGAUUUUGGCUACUACUACAUCAAGACUGUCAUGAAGGGAGGCCUAACAGCACAGCUGGAUCUCAUCCAGGAGCUGAGACAACUUUCGGCAUUCCUCUCUUUGUUCUUGAAGGUGGGGAAGAAUUGGAAGAUCUUCUUCGUUAGCUCUGCAAAGAAGGCGAGGUGCGUUUGCGAUUUGACUUCGUCUUGGGCCGAGCUGGGCCUUGACAGGUCUCCCCGUUCAUACCUCUACGUUCUCCAGGCAGGAUCGCGGAACCGGCAAGCCUCCAGGAAGUUGAAGAAGAUUCCUGAAGUGGUCCGAAAGGCAAACCUCGACGUUGCACUAUGUUGGAGUGAGCAGGCCAUUUGCACCAUGCUCUCUACAGCAUCCCUCUCCAUGAUGGCCAAGAAGGUUGACCUGUUCAGUAUUCAGCCGAAUACAGUACGUGCUAUGUGCUUUGUGAACAGUGUCUUUCUGACGGCCGCGCUGGCAGUCUACCGCUUCAUCGCGAACGGCGAGCACGUCAUCUUCCAGUGCCUGGGCUUCGCCUUGCUCUGCGUGCAGGUUCUGCUCACCGUGUGGGGCGCCGCACACAGUGACGGCAGCACUGAGGGCACCUGCACUGGCAUCUCGGCCUGGGCUUUGGCGCUGGACGUGUGGCUUGGGCUUUGUGCUUUCGCCUGUCCUCCACGCCCGGGCCCCGGCGUGAGUCGAGAGCCGGACCUGCUGGUCGUGCUCAUGCAGCUCGCUUGCAGCAGCAUCGCAGACUUUUCGGCAUCUCCUGACAGUUUGUGGCUUCAUGGCUACCUGCCCGUGGACGCAUCUGGCGACUGGGCCUACCAGGCCGCCACCGAGGAGCAGAAGGAGGAGGAGGGGGAGGAGGAGGACCAGGGGUGGAGGAAUGUGCAGGCGGUGGAUGUCGUGUCGCUUGUCUUGGUGCUCUGGCUGUUGCACCUUGGCCAAAUAAAUCAUAGGAAGAAACAAUCGCAAUACUUCCGCAUGCGUGAACUGCUGGAUUUCUCGCAGCAGAGGCACUCGCUGUUCUUUGAGAAGAAGCACACCUAUCAGGAAGAGCAGGACAUGAACGCGCGACCCGUGUUUGACACCCUGUGGAUGGCAGGUGCGGUGCUCUGUGUGGCAGGUCAUUGCCAUGCAAAAAGCAGUGUAGCGUGCACAAGUGGAUGUGGUUCCCAUCUCUUCGUUGCAGCAGGUUUGUUCAUCAGCGCCGUUGCGGUUUUGCCUCAGCUGUGGCUGAUCUCCAAGACUGGCGGGAAAGUUGAGCCCCUCACCAGCCACUACAUUGCGGCCAUGGCCAUCAGCCGUGCCUUGAGCGGUGUCUUCAUGUGGCACGCGCGCUUCGACAUCACGUGUGACCCAUGGGUGCCUGGCUACAACCAUGCCAUCUGGGUGAUCUUGGGAGCGAAUGCCCUACACAUGCUGCUGUUGGGAGACUUUGGCUACUACUACAUCAAGACUGUGAUGAAGGGAGGUCUAACGGCACAGCUCGACCUGAUCGAGGAGCUGGGCCUGGGUUUUGAGGAUUGUACGUGCGAUUCACAUCGCUCCGCAGGACAGCUACGUCUAGCCUGCUGCUCUGAGAGCGCAGCUUCUCACAGGGACACUCUCUGCAGACACCGACAGGUGAGAGUGUUCAUCAUUUUAAGUUGCCUUCCUUCCAAACAGGAAGGGUGGGUGACCAUGUGA